AUGGCCGAAGAUAAAAAAUGUGGGCAAUUGAAUUUGGAUGAAGAAAUCUUAGCUCCCUAUACCCACCUCAUUCAAAUUCGGGGAAAGCAGCUUCGAGAACAAUUAGUGAGAUCCUUCAACCAUUGGCUCAAGGUCCCUGAUAUUCAACUUAAAAACGCGAUCGAUACCAUGACAAUGCUACACAAUGCCAGUUUACUGCUUGAUGACGUCCAAGAUAAUUCUCUAACCAGGCGAGGACUACCUUCAGCUCAUUGUGUAUAUGGAGUUGCGUUAGCUUUAAACGCUAGCGCACAAAUAUCGAUGAAGGCUAUUCUUAAAGCGUCGGAACUCGUACCCAGCAGAGAAGGAGCUGAAAUAAUGGCAAAGCUGUUUAUAGAUGCCCUUACCGGCCAGGGCUAUGAGAUCUACUGGCGUGACAAUUGCGUCUGUCCUGAUGAGAAGAUAUAUCUUAAGAUGCUUACUCUCAAAACUGGUACCAUGCUUUUGGUUGGCGUAAAAUUGAUCCAGCUGUUCAGUGAAAAUAAGACAAAGUACGACGACUUUGUUAUGAAACUUGGGCUUUAUCUCCAACUAAGGGAUGACUAUUGCAAUAUGGGACAUGAGAAGGAUUUAGAAGAAAUGCCAGGAGAGGAAGACGUCAAUGCUGACAAAGAUGGAUAUAUCCUGGAAGAUAUAACAGAGGGCAAGUUCACAUUGCCUGCGAUAUAUGCCAUGAAGACUCCAGAAGGACCGCAAGUCUUAAGCAUAAUGCGUCAGCACACCAGAGAUCUGGAACUGAAGAAGUAUUGUUUGUCUCUGCUGGAGAAGUCUGGAGGUAUGCAGUAUACUAGGGAUCUUUUGAUGAAGAUGGACAAGGAAGUGCGAGCCGAGCUUGCCACAUUAGGCGGAAAUCCUGUUUUGGAGAAGGUAUUGGAUGGAUUAAUGGGUUGGAAGAGUGAAAAAUGA